AUGUACACACCUACGGUAUUCGUUAGUGGAGCUACAGGCUGCCAGGGAGGUGCAGUCGCCCGGUAUCUUCGGUCCAAAAGCGUUUCUGUACACGCUCUCGCUCGUAACCCAACCUCAGCAAAGGCUGAAGAGCUCAAAACCAUCGGUGUCAAAAUUACAUCGGGUGAUUAUGACAACAAGGCAGCACUGGAAGAGGCCAUGAAAGGCUGCACCUCUAUCUUCCUAGUCCUCAUGCCUGAUUUCACCGAUCUCACUGCAGAAAGGCGAUGGGCCACCAACAUUUUCCUCGCUGCCAAAGCAGCUGGUGUCAAUCAUGCCAUUUACUCAAGUGGGUUCAGCGCCGAUAACCCAGACAGUUUGACAGUCCUGGAAAGAGGAGGUUUCGCGGACAUAGUCAUGCGCAACAAAAAUGCCAUCGAGCAGCAAACUCGAAGCGCAGACUUCCAUUACUGGACUAUUCUGCGCCCUGGAUUCUUCAUGGCCAACUUUGUUGAACCAUUCGUCAGAAUGUAUCCUGACCUUAUCGAAAAGGGGGUUUGGAUAACCGCCCUCAAACCUACGACUAUCAUACCCUUGACUGAUACUGUAACUAUCGGGAGGUUCGGCGGCGAAGCAUUUUUGAACCCAGAGCGAUUCCACGAAAAGGAGAUCACAUAUGCUGAUGACUGGCUUGACGCAGAGACCAUCCUGGGCAAUCUCUCUGGCGCGGUUGGCAAGGAACUCAAAGCCGAAUACCUUUCGGAUGAGAAGAUUGAAGAGCAGAAACCGACCAAUCCGUUUAUAUCUGGCCAACUUUGCAUGCGAGAUAUGGCCAAACUAGCGACAAAAGAAGCUACUGAAGAAUGGGGCAUCCCCUUAAGCACAUUUGAUGAGUUUUUGCACAGAGAGAAAGUGGCCAUCGACGAGACUUACCACAUAUUGUGA